AUGUUUUAUUUUCCCGAAGUCCUCCAACGCCACACAGGAUGUUUUUCCACAAUUUGGUUGGCAGCAACCAAAGGAAUCAAGAUCACUCGCAUAGACCUUCUUAAUGUCAAUGUAAGGUGGACAUGUCAGGACAUCAUGAACUACGUGAUGGUUCAAGUUCCUGCACCGCACCCCAACCAGCCUCGGCCUCGAUUCUCUCUCUACCUGUCAUCCCAGCUGCAGUAUGGUGUUGUCAUUGUCUACCACAGGCAAUGUGGAUUUGCACUACAGGACGCCAAACAGAUGAUUGAACGCCUGGUGCGCACUGAGAGACGUAUACACAUAAACAUGGCUGAGCCUGACAGGAAGACUAUAGAUGUACCUGACUACUUGUUUCUGAUGGAGGCAACUGAGGGAGCUCAGGACCCCUUCUUUGGUCUGAUGGAACACGACCAACUGCUAAGCCCUUACAAAAUAUACCUGCCAGUAUUUCUGAUGGAAGAAGUGGUUUCACAGCACUCCCUGGUGACCAGUCAUCGCAACACCUCUGAGAAAGGGGGUUUCAGGUCCCCUCUGGAUGCCAUCACCCUAAAAGAGAAGGAGCAGCUUGUCAUCAACACUGCUGAGGUACAUUUUGAAGGAGCUGAGCUGCCUGAAGCCACAGAUAAAGAGAUUAACCUACUAAUGGACGAACAGGAGGAGUUUCAUAGAGACAUGGAGACAGAGAGACAAGCAGAAGAAGGUGAGAGGAGCAAGGAGUUCAGUGGAGCUAUGACCUCUGUUGACGUUUUGAAAGAGACAGUGCUGGGGCCGGACUUGGACGUUCUGUACCUAUUUGACAAGGUGACACGUCAGCCCAUGGAGGUUCCCCUCGCAGAUGUUCCCAUGGAGAUGACCCCCCCGCAAGUUUCCAUGCCUGUUCCACCCACAGAGGAAAAAGAGGGAGACUCAGAGAGAGACACUGAGAGCACCAGGAAGUUCCUAUGGAGAGGUGAGGAUGGUUGUCUUACCAAAAAGCGUAGAAAAGGUCGCAGCCAUCAGCUGGUCUUUGCAGAUCCCCAAGUUCAGAUCUCUGACCGGGCCAUGAAAAAGCAGAUUGGAGAGCCACUGAGUGAUACAUUGACCCUGUCUGAGGUGUUGGAGGUCCUCGCCACAACCAGGCUCGCCCCUCCUGCUCAGCUCCUCACCAGCCCCUCUCGCUCUGCAUCAGAUGUGGUCCUGGAUGUAUCCAAAGACGAUAAAUCCCUAAGUGACCCGAUCACUCCUGCUAGUAGAUGGUCUCCCCAGGAGGAACCCCGGAUGCCAAUGGAGCCCAUAAUGGAAGAAUACGUUGAGUUGCCUGAAGUCCAAACUGAAUUUCAGAAUAUGGGCAUACCAGCAAACCACCUGCUUAGUCUGGUCUCCUCUCGCCUCCAAAGAUUUGGGGAAGUGACCUUCGAUUCUUUGCUUCCUCUAGAGGCCGACCGCAUCACUGCAGCUAACACCCUCGCCAAGCUGUUAGAGCUGGUGUCUGCCAGAGAGCUGGCUGUGCAACAGAACAAGCCCUACAAAACAAUUACGAUCACCUAUGGACUAAGCAGCAUGGCCACCUGA